GCAUUUCAAAGGGCCUCUAAGAAUCAGUCACUAUCUCAAUUGAUGCGUCACCUGUGGCCGUCGCGCACUAUCUAUCAUAGUCCCCCCCGAACAGCAGUCUUGGCACUUCUCCAGCCGACAGUAUUCAAUUGCCAGACACGUUUUCACUUUUUUGGAAAACAUAGAGCAAAUUCCGGGAUCUUAGUCAAAGAUAAUAUGACUGAAUCGACAAAGGCAGCUUCUCUGCGCUUUGUGGAUGUGGCCGUUACAUACACCGCAGACCAAUUUCAAGGAAUCUAUCGAGGCAAACAGUAUCAUGAAUCAGAUUUCGCAGAAGUUCUCAAACGUGCCAAAGAAUAUAGCUGCGAAAAGAUCAUGCUCACUACCAUGACCCUUCCAGGAGCUCACGAGAACCUGAAAAUUGCGAGAGAAUUUCCAGAGAUGUGCACAAUGACCUUGGGUGUGCAUCCGUAUCAUGCAGGCGAGAUAUACGCCGAAAAUGACGGAAGCGAAUACCUUCAAGACCUUCGCAAGCUUGGAGAAACUCUCCGAGCUGAGAAUCCGUCGCCGCUGGUCGCCUUCGGAGAAGUCGGUCUCGACUACGAAUAUUUAGACCGCGCCGACAAAGAAACACAGCAGCGUGCUUUUCGUGAUCAGUUGGAUCUAGCUGUCGAAAUGCAAUUGCCUUUGUUCUUGCACGUGCGCGAGUCGUGCGCUGAUUUUAUCUCGAUCAUUCGGCCAUAUCUUUCCAAGUUGCCGCGCGGUGGGUUGGUGCAUUCUUUCGCUGGGUCGAAGGAGGAGAUGUUGCAAUUGGUCGAUCUAGGCUUUGAUAUCAGUGUUAAUGGGGUUUGCUUUCGUACUGGGGAUCAAUUGGAGAUGGUCCGCCAUAUUCCCUUAGACAAGCUGCAGCUCGAAACCGAUGCACCGUGGUGCGAAAUUCAGAGCAAUGACGUGAAAAUUGCCCCGUAUCUCGCCGAUGCAAGACCGCUGCCCCCGUCUCGCAAGCAUAACAAGUUUGUCAUGGGGCAGAUGGUCAAGGCACGGAAUGAGAGUUGUACGAUCGAACGCGUGGCUCUGGUUGUGGCAGGCUUGAAGGGCAUUUCACUUGAAGAGGUUUCAUGGGCAGCAUGGAAUAAUAGUGUACGAAUGUUCGGGUUAGGUGUGCAGGCUCAGUGA